AUGCCCCCUCACGAUUAUGAGCGCGUUCCUUUAGAAGAAGACGCCCCAGCCCGCAAUCCCAAAAAUGUAACCUGCUUCACCGGCUUCCCCGCCACCUCACCACCCAGCUUCCACCCAGCCAAACCGCACUCCUCUCCCCCAUCCCUCUCCCAACCAUUUCCCCACCAAAAUGGCGAGACAGCAGCAACGUUCAUACCUCACAAUCAACGCCCCUCCCCAAUCCCAGCACCGAGGCCACAAACCCUGCUCUCAGAAAGUGUAACCGAGGAUAGUGGAAUGAGCACCUGGGCACCGUCAGAACUGAAUUCAAGUGACGAGGGAGACUUAAAUGCCAUGGGGGAAGAUAUUUUAGUGCGGUUAAGGGACCGGAUGGAAGCGAUUGAGAAGCACUUUGCUACCACUCCUAUGAUUGGCAAACAAGAGAUCGAUCUAGAGGAAGCGAAGGAGAGGAAGGAAGCAGCGAAUAAGAAGUGGUGGACUGAGUUUUGGAUUGGGUUAAGCGUGGCCCUAUUUAUAAUCUGGUGGUUAGGGGCGCUAGAGGCGGUUAUUGUACUCCUUACGUGGCGGAAGCAUGGUGGUGGUGAGAGCUCGAGUUGA